AUGUCCUUUGAGCAGAUGCUGGGUAAGUAUCUCAGCGAAAUCGCCGAGUCGGGCAUUGGCGGCCCGCCGCAGUAUAAUGAACCCUUGGAUAUGGACCUUCCCAUCCUCGAGCUCUUAGAGUCAACCACACAAGCCAACAAGUUCCUCUACCCGGGUUAUGGAUCUCGGGAUCUGUGGGUCCGCAUCGUCGAGCAGAGUGCGCCCGGAUAUCUGGAACUGGAGGCCCAAGGGAGGGAGGUGGAAUUUGAGUUGGAUGAUCUCCUAGUGGUCAAUCCUUGA